UCCUUAUUCGUCUCCUUGCCACUCCCCGCCAUUGUCGUUUCCCUCUUCAAUAUUCCCUCCUUCUCUUCCUCAUGUCGUCUCGUCUUUCGAGCUCCAAAGCUCAACCUAACUCUUCCAAAACGCCUCGUUUUGGAGUACUUUGAUGCGUGAGAAAAAUUCCGAGGAAGGUGAAGAUGAAUCGGAGCUUUAGGGAAGAAACAGUUAUGCAAGUGGCGGCGUUGAAACAACGGCAACAGUUAAGAGCUUCGACGAUGAAAGAGAAAGAAGAAGAGCUUGCAUUGUUUCUCGAGAUGCGAAGACGUGAGAGAGAACAGAGUAAUCUUCUUCUUAAUCACUCCUCCGAAUACUUGGAUUCGCCUUUAGGAUCUAAACCUGGAGCUUCACCGGUAUUUAACCUUUUAUCCUCGACAACUACUCCGGUGAGAAAUACGGGUGAUACGGCUGAUGAUUUUCUUAAUUGUGAUAGUGAUAAAAACGACUAUGAAUGGCUUUUAUCGCCCCCUGGUACUCCUCUUUUUCCUUCCUUGGAGAUGGAGUCGCGAAAGACUGUAUUGAGUCAGAUUGGCAUUCCUAAGGCUCACCCGGCUGCCGUUAAAUCCAGAGUAGCAAAUCCCCAGGCAGAGUUUUCUGCGAGGAGCAACUUAACACUGAAGCAACCGGCUUUAUCCCCUGGGUCUACCGGGAUUCGCAGGCCCUCUUCCUCGGGGGGUCCAGGUUCAAGACCUGCAACACCCACUGGACGCUCUGCAUUGACUGGAGCAUCUAAACCUACGAGAUCACCAACGCCGACAAGUCGGGCCACAUUACUGUCAACUAGGCCCUCCCUUUCUGCAAGUAAGCCUGUGACAUCUACAACUAGGCCUGCAACAAAACCCGUAACAUCCACGACGAAGCCCACAGUUCCUGCAGCCAGGACUGUAUCUUCUGCUAUCAAACCUGCAGUUUCUUCAAGAUCCUCCACACCAACAAGGUCCACAGCUAGGCCUUCAACACCAACUGCAAGACCUUCUAUACCUUCAUCCAAACCCAUAUCAAGAGCAGCCACACCAACUCGUCGACCAUCAACUUCUGCAAGUGGUCCUAAUAUAUCCACUCCAAUUAAAUCAUCUCAUUCUGUUUCAAAGCCAACACAUGCAGCAUCCAGAAAUUCUGUGCCAUCACGUGGUGCCUCUCCAACGUUAAAAUCUAGACCAUGGAAGCCUUCUGACAUGCCUGGUUUCUCGCUUGAUGCUCCACCAAAUUUAAGAACAACUCUACCUGAUAGACCACUUUCAGCCACAAGAGGUAGGCCUGGAGCACCAAGUUCUCGAUCUUCUUCCGUCGAACCAGGUCCUACUGGUAGACCAAGACGACAGUCAUGCUCUCCUUCAAGAGGCCAUAUCCCUAAUGGUGCAAUGUUGCAUGUCAGUGGGAGCUCUGUUCCUGCAGUAAGCCGUGGGUAUUCGAAAGUUAGGGACAACUUGAGCCCUGUUCUAAUUGGAAAUAAAAUGGUUGAGAGGGUAAUAAACAUGCGGAAACUGGUACCACCAAAGCAAGAUGAUAAACACUCUCCUUACUGUAACUUGUCUGCGAAGUCUGCAUCACCAGAUAGUUCAGGCUUUGGACGAACACUUUCAAAGAAAUCACUUGAUAUGGCUAUAAGACAUAUGGAUAUAAGGCAAAGGAUUCCUGGUAAUUUACGGCCAUUGAUGACGAAUAUUCCAGCAUCAUCUAUGUACAGUGUAAGAUCAGGUCCUGCACGGGGCAGAACAAUUAAUAUCUCGGAUUCCCCUCUUGCUACAAGCAGUAAUGAUAGUUCGGAGCUUAGUGUCAACAGUAAUGGCAUUUGUUUAGAGAGGAACGAACUAUAAGAUGAUAUUGGAAGUGAGAGAGGUGCAAGACCCCCUGCCAAAGUUCACGCCAGAUGGUGGUAAGGGUGUACCACCCUGCUAUAUGUCCAUACAUUAUUGUUUUCAAUCUACAAGAUUUGACACUUGGAAGAGAAGCAAUUUCCGAGAUGAACAUCAUCGGAAAUUUUUCCAAUAUCGAUGUAUUAUCAGGGAAGCUGGAUUGAUGAUAAAAAUCUCUCCUCCGAAAUUCUACGUGUUGAGUUGUUGAGAGCUAGCUUUGAUAUGGUGAAAGCUUAUGAAACUGAAAACUAGAGAUCAGCUCCCCAGCAUUCCCAAUUGGAAUGAAGUCACUUUGGAGGUAAAACUAAAGGUUAUAGAAGUUGCAAUUAGCUACCACUUUUGGCCAAUUAUCCUUGUAGAAAUAUUCUUAAGCUUUGUUGGGAUACAAUUUUCGUUCCAGAUGGAUUUGAGGGUGCAUUCUCUUGCAUCGAUUUGAUA